AUGCGACCACCCACUUUUGCACAAGGUCACACCUUCAGUCAGACUUGCCCCCAACCGUUGUACCACACUUCAACCACGGGUUCGCAGCAAAUAUGCCACAACGGUCAAAAUUAUCAGCAAUUGAGUGCGGAUGUUGGCUACCAGAAUUCAAACCACAGUUCCUCGCAUCAGUCACCUGGUCAGCUCACCUCUUAUCAGCAAACCAAUACGCCCUAUCAGCAAACCAAUACGCCCUAUCAGCAAACCAAUACGCCCUAUCAGCAAACCAGUACACGCACCACCUAUUCCCCAGUUACGACUGCCAAUCAUUGCUCAACAGAUCCAGCCACCACCUAUCGGCAAACUGGUACCUACCCGCCACACCCCAAUUUCAAUCAUCGGCCAACAAAUCCACCCGCGCCAACCUACAAUUACAGCCAGGGAAGCUCAACAGGGACGCACUCAAAACCAACACCCCCCAACCACGUCGACCUCUCUAAUGAUUCCCCGUCUCCCGAGAGUACCACCCGGACUGGGUACUAUGUGUUUCCGGACUAUCCAUCUAUUGAUCAUAUCAACAAUCUUUUACAGAAUCCCAACCUAUCAUUUGCCGAUCGCUUCCUUUUAGAAGCUGCUUGA